AUGCUACGAGAUUCUACUCCCGAGAAUGAGAAUAUAUUUCGUAACUAUGACGAAAGAUAUAAUCAUACUUAUCAGUUUACUAGAAAGAAUUUCAAUGGCUCAAACAGUCAUUAUAACAUGUAUCACCUGGAUCGUUCUUCCUUGACGGACGAACAAUUAGCUGAUGUGGGUUACGUAUUUAACGACUUAAGCCCGUCGGAUAAUACCGCUUGCUACACAAUUAAACUAUUCUUGCUCAGAAAUGAGUUCGAUUCCUAUCGAACGCCGAAAAAUAAACAUAUCAACUUACUAGAGGAACCUCCGCAGAUGGACACUAGUCAAAUUGUUAAAUUUCGUAAACGACGAGAACUGGAUGAGAUCUUGUUGGACUGGCGCACUAAUUAA